CCCUUUAAGUCCCAUUUGGAAGGUUUAGUUGUAGCUAUAGAUGCAUUCUGUAUAGUUUUGGUUAUUGUAUUUUUCACAGUUCUGUUGAUUGUAUUGCCUAUUAAUGUAGCACCAGCUCUUUGCAUAGUUGCUGGUCUUAUAGGCCUUGCUGUAAACUGUUUUUUAGCCUCUGUAUGAUUUGCAUUGCUAGUGGCUGGCCUUUUAACUGCUUUAGUCGUAAUAGUAGACAAUGUUUUGGAUCUAUUCAGCAUUUGUUUUGGCGGUGGCUUAUUUUCAUUUGUACAUUUAGAAUUUAAAUUAAUUACACUUUUAGAUUUUUUCAAAGAAUCAGAAACAGUACUGGUACUUGAUCCAGGUACAUCAAGUGGGUCUUUUGUACUUUUUUGGUUGUUCAUUUUUAUGCUACUGUUGGGUAUUCUACUUAUCAAGUUUCCUAAUUGAGAUUUUGGCUUUGGUAAUCUUGACUCCAUCUAUGAAACAGAAUGGAAGAAAUUAAUGCAAAUAUAAUAAGAAUAGACUGUUCUCAAUACACUGGCAAAAAAUAGCAAACGCAUGCAUUAUUUAUAAGAACUUUCAUCAAACAAAUAUACUGUUCUUGAGUUGUUCAUGCUAUGAAAAAAUGAGAUCCGAUUAAUUUAUAAUCGGAUUUUAAAAAAUCCUUCAGUGUGUUGUUCGUGAAAAUGGAAAACGUAUACGAACAACAAUUCUAUAAAACAAACCUCUUUGCCUACAAUAAUACAACAUCAAAUCCCUCGCAGCCACACGUAUCAAUAGUUUACGAAACUAAUUGUUUACCGCUGGAAUUACCUAGUGAUCGCAUAACAAUAAAGUAUUUAUUUUACACGUAGUUGCAUAGUAUCUAUUACAGGGAAUACUCGAACGACCAAAUCGAAAUUCACCGUUGUAAAAUAAAGGAACACUGUUUUCUAUGUCACUUUUCGGCACCGAUCCAACGGCGGUUAAACAAUAUCCGCUACACUUAUUUGAACUUGAAUUUGCUCGGCUCAGCCAAUCAAACGAGCUGUGUAUGCGAAGAAUUGCUUUGCUCAGAUUGGCUGACGAUUUGCUGUUGUUACAGUGCUGCCCCUGUAGUUGGUGACAAGGGGAGACAACGUCGGUCGAGCGAGAAAGCAUAACAGUUUAAAAACUGACAAAUCUCUCUGUUUUUUAAUAUAAAUACAUUCGUCGUAUUUUGCUUCGAAAAUCAAUGGCAGAAGAUUACGAAGAAGUAGAAGGAGAAUAUGAAAAACAUUCGAGAUACGAAUCUCCAGAAAUUUACGAAGAGGUUUCACGAAUCUUAUCAUUUGCAGAAGCUGGAGAAUGCCUCCACACGUUAGGAAAAUGCGACUCGGGUCUUGGAUAUGCUUAUUUAGGAUUAAAUGUUUCCAAUAAGAGCCUCACAGACAUUCAAGUUAUAUUAAGAUUCAGAUAUGUCCUUUUUGUGGACGUUUCCGGAAAUAGAUUAACCGCCGAAGCCCUGUGUGUUCUCACGAAAAUGACUUAUCUUUUAAUGAUUCAGGCUGAUAACAAUCGAAUAUCUUCUGCAGAAAUGGAACAAAUGCCCUACCUACAGGUACUGACGUUAAAUAAAAAUCAGUUAAAGAGUACUACCGGCAUCUCCCAUACUCUCCUUGAGAUUCUAGAAUUAAAUCAUAACAAUAUCGAGGAAGUCACUUUGAAUCCUUACGAUCUAAAGAAUCUUAAAACUCUUGAAUUGCGUGGAAACAUAUUAACUACAACGAAUGGUAUCUUUUUCCCUGGAUUGAUUUGUCUAUAUCUCGCAGAAAAUCAAAUUGAAAAGCUGGAGGGUCUAGACAUUCUAGUUAAUUUGAAAAUUUUACAUCUGAGAAGCAAUAAAUUGUCGAAUUUGGACGGCUUUGACUCGCGUUGUACAAAGCUCAAUUAUUUGAACCUUCGAAAUAACGAGAUCACAAAAAUUUCAGAACUUCAAAAAUUGAGUUGCUUGUCUGCGCUAGAAAUUCUGAUCAUUUUUGAAAAUCCUGCUAUCCACUUCAGAGAAGAAGACGAGGAGAAUAUGUAUAGGCAAAUUGUGUUGGCUAUGUUGCCUAACUUGGUACGAAUCGAUAAAGAUCCAGUAUUGUAUGAAGAAAAAGGAGAAGCUCGAGAAUUUCGCAGACAAAUGAUUCUAAAUGGAUCGAAAUUCACGGACUUCGACAUUAGUCCACCAGAAUAACAAUAUGACGUUAUUAAAAACACUCUUAUCAUACAAAUAAAAA